AUGGAUAGUAAGGUCUUCCUCUUCCCCAAAAGAUCCAUCUAUGAUUAUGUGGUUCUGAAACCAAUGGUGACUGGGCCGUUACACAAACUCACCAUUUGCUUGAGGAGCUACACAGACGGCAACAGAUAUGCCCUUCUUAACGUGGGCAUCCCGAAGUCACGGAUCCGUAACAUGUUUGUUAUCGCCCAAGAGCCAGCUAAUUCCUUAACACAUUUUCCUUCCUAUGUCUAUAUAAACAACGCCAGAGAUUACAUUAAUGCAAACACAGACUGGAUACACAGGUGUGUGACCUGGGCCUCUGACACUGGGGUUCUACAGCUUUGGGUUAAUGGAAAAGCCUCCAUUCGAAAAGUAGUAAAUAAAGGCUUUUCUAUUGAUCUUCAGGAUGGUAUUUCCCUGGGUCAGAUGCGGAGAUAUUAUGGAUAUAAUACUAUGGAGUGGGAUCCUGAAGUUUCCUUUCAAGGGGAAAUAAGUGAUGUUUAUGUGUGGAAUGAGGUUUUGCCUCCUGAGACCAUAUGGCAGGUUCUGCUAGGUAAUAAGGAUAGACUUGGGAAUGUCAUUAACUGGAAGGCUCUGAAAUACACUAUUAAUGGAGAUGUGACUGUCCAACCCAAACUCCAGUGUAGAUAUGGCAGUGAGUCUGGCAGCUCACACCAUCAUUGCUCUAUGGUUUAAUAGGACUAAUAUCAGCACCAGAACUAUGGGUAGGCAUAAAAUGCACUUGUCUAUGCUGCUUUUGUCUGCCUACCCCUAGUCCCAACCCUUCUGACAUGUCCAUAAGCAGGCAGGUGGCAGUGGGGUUUGUUUGUUUGUAAGUGGGUGGAAAUGUUAUUGUUGGGUAUAAGUAGGGGUUGGGGCAGAUUCGAACAAAGGUUUGCCUUAGGGCACCCUUCCCUUUUAGCCUGGCACUAAGAACAAUGGUUCCAAUGAGAACUGUUUUAUAGAAAUAAGGGAAUCUGUUGUUUCUGCAACAAAGGGCUUAUCUAGUCUCAAACAAGACCAAUAAUUAGGGAAAAGAAGGCCCCUGACCCAUCUGGUGUGUGUGUGUGAAAAUUGCAUUAAACAGAUAUACCUGAAGCCCUUCUGCUGUUCUUCUAAAGUAGGAUACACAGCAUGUCAUGUAUUUAUAUCUAUACUAUCUAUCUCUAAUGUUACGCAGUAUUUGCGUUUUUACUUUCAAGCUCUACCAUAAUGAGGCUUUUCUCUGCACUCCAUAAAAAUAUUUUGCUAUUGGCAACAAAGCU